UGGCAAUUAUGUUUUUAAGAAGGUGGCGCUGUGGACAGGUGCGACAAACAGCGUUCAAAAUCCUGUAAAAUUGAAAAUGCCACAUUCCGGAGCGAUGUGGUUAUGUUUGUUAAGUUUGUCCUAUCUGAUAUCGUAUGGAUCAAGUUUGAACUGUUAUGAAUGCCAAUCAAAAGAUGACACAGUGUGCCUCGAUCCCUUCACGGACAGUCGGAAGGAGGUCGUGGGAGAAGCAGAGUGCAGUGAGAAAGCCACACAUUGUGUUAAAUAUAAAACGAUCAUGCAUCUUCUAGACUCAGGGUUCAUCACAGGAAGAGCCAGAGAGAUAGUAGUGACGUCCCGGUUUUGUCUGAUUAAGCCCGGAGCUAGCGAUGGUUGUAUAGCAGUGGAAGGAGACGGCAGCUUCUAUAUUCAGUGUCUUUGUAGUACAGACAACUGUAACAGUGGACGGUCAUUGCUUCCAAACAUCUUCGUGAUUCUAGUUACAUGUCUUACAGCAUCAUGGUUUCUGCGGAGAUAGCCGUCCUAAUGUUCAUUUGUUAAUCAUCUAUAACAGACUGUUAAUUAGAGACAGAUUUUUCUACAUAUCACAGAAUGUUAUACUCAUGAUGAACAUAUUCCUCUAGUUAACAUUGAGCGGAUAAAAUGCAGCCAAAUAAAAUUUCUGGGAUAUUUUUUGUUGCAUUUAAAUUUGACUCCCAGAGAGUUGUGAAGGCUUUUGAUCAUCUAACCCAUCUGCAGAUUUAGUCUAAUACGUGGUUCACCCAAUCUGAUCAAGUGCUGCUCAUGUAACAGGAGCAUUUAUACACAUGACACCUCGACUUUUAUGUAUAAUCUUUAAACUUGAAAGAGUGUGCCAUUCUGUACAUAAAAUCUACGAUAUUUGUCACUUUCAUGGGUUGAUUAGGUUUUCAUUUUUACAAACUUUAUCGGACUGGUUGUGAUGCAUCAUCUAUUUCUUCACACAAGUCAGUAGUAUAGUGCCUACGUCUAUUCUCAUCAUUACAGAAGCAAUGUUCAUUUAUGUAUACUCUGUUUUGUACUACAUAUCAUGCAAUGUUACAUUCCAGAAACUUUUUAUUCACAUAUAGAAUUUUUUAAAUGAUUAUAGUAUUUUGAUGAAUUAUUUUGUUAAAAUGUGUUAAUAUGUCUUUGAUCAUAUCAAGUCAUCUUUAAUAUAUGCAAUUUAUAAUAUUUUAUAUACAUGUGAAUAAAAUUUUAUUAAAACAUGA